CGGCUUCUCUGGCUCGACUCCACUCACCCGGUAAUGCAGUGACAUCAUGUCCACUCCCACUGUCACUGCUACCAGGCCGAGGGAUAUAAAGCCGCACAGCGAGGAGACCUCGCUGGAAUCCAAAGCCCAUCGCAGACCACUUUCGAACAGCACAACCUACCUACCUACUUUACAUAAUCCACCCACCCAAGCGUUCACCAUGGGAUACGACUUCACUGUCUACAGAGGGUCCAAGGGCGGGACCAUCACCGAAAGCAAGACCCACCGCGAUGCGCUGAAGCGCGACGAAGUGCUCGUGUCCGUCACCCACUCCGGCGUCUGCUACACGGACGUGCACUACCAACACGCCGACAUGGCGCUCGGCCACGAAGGUGCGGGCGUCGUCGAGCAGACCGGCCCAGACGUCCAGGACCUGAAGAAGGGCGACCGCGUCGGCUGGGGCUACGAACACGACUGCUGCGGCCGAUGCUCCAAUUGCCUGACGGGCUGGGAGACGAUGUGUCCGGAACGGAAGCUCUAUGGACUUGCGGAUUUCGACCAGGGCUCGUUCGCGUCGCACGCGGUCUGGCGCGAGGCGUUCCUGUUCAAGAUCCCCGAGGGAAUCAGCAAUGAGGACUCCGCCCCGCUGAUGUGCGGUGGCUCGACGGUGUUCAAUGCACUGCAUGUGGCGGGGGUGAAGCCGACGGACCGCGUGGGGAUCGUUGGGAUCGGAGGGCUUGGACAUCUGGCGAUCCAAUUUGCGGCGAAGAUGGGAUGUCACGUCGUGGUAUUCUCGGGGACGGAUAGCAAGAAAGAGGAGGCGAUGCAGCUGGGCGCCAGGGAGUUCUAUGCCACCAAGGGGGUGAAGGAGCUCAAGAUCGGAAAACCUCUCAACAGCCUGAUUGUCAGUACGAGCAGCCAGCCGGAUUGGCCUCUCUACGUCCCUGUCCUGGCCCCCGGGGCUGUUAUCUCGCCGCUGUCGGUCGCCAACGAGGAUUUCAAGUUCCCGUAUAUGACCCUUGUGACGAGUGGGCUGCGCGUCCAGGGCUCGAUUGUUGCGGCUAGACAGGUUCAUCGCGAUAUGUUGGAUUUUGCCGCCUUGCAUGGAAUCAAGCCGAUUAAGAUGAAGUAUCCGCUGACCCUUGAUGGUGUCAAGGAGGCAUUGAAGACGCUGGAGGAGGGGAAGAUGAGAUACCGGGGUGUUCUGGUGGCGCAAUAGGG